AUGGCAACGUUUACGAAUUAUCCUAGGAGAGAAAAAUUAAACGUAUUCCUCUUUUGUGUUAAAAGUAAGAAUGGAGUAAAUAGAGGCAGCGAGGAUAAUUUGGCAAGAACGCCAGAUACACGAUUUGACAGGUCCCUAGCCGAAAAGUCAGGAGGCUUCGGUUCUCCAUUUUCAGGAUCAUUCGGAAAAUCAAAGGAUUAUUACAGCGUGUUAGGAGUUCCUAGAGAUGCGACAGAAAAUGAUAUAAAGAAGGCCUAUAAAAAGUUAGCCAUGAAAUGGCACCCAGAUAAACACUUAGAUGAGAAGGAAAAAAAAGAAGCCGAAGAAAAAUUUAAGAUUAUUUCUGAAGCUUAUGAUGUUUUGUCCGACCCUUCUAAGAGAAAAACGUACGAUUUGUAUGGUGAAGAAGGAGUUAAAGAAAAUAUGUCUGGUGACGAUACCAAUUUUUUUAAUGCAGGAAUGGAUCCAGCUGAUCUAUUCAGUAAGUUUUUUGGUGGCAGUAAAAACUUCUCCUUUACAUCAGUUUUCGACGACGACUUCCCGCCAUUUUCGUCCUUUGUCCAUAACAUGGGUUCUAUGGGCGGCCAAUCUUCGGGUUCUUCAGGUAAAAGGAACGACAGUUAUAAAUCCCAAACUUACGAAGUAAGUCUUCUACUGUCCCUGGAAGAACUGUAUAACGGAUGCAAAAAGAAACUCAAAAUUACGAGAAAAAGGUUUAAUGGAAGUCAAAGCUAUGAUGACGAUAAAUUGGUAACGAUCGAUGUAAAAGCGGGAUGGAAUGAUGGAACGACCAUUACGUUUUAUGGUGAAGGUGACCAAUCAUCUCCUUUAUUAGAACCGGGUGAUUUAAUUUUUAAAGUAGAAACAAAAGAGCACGAACGAUUUGUGAGGGAAGGAAAUAAUUUGAUAUAUAAGUGUCAUGUGCCUCUAGACAAAGCCUUAACAGGUUUUCAAUUUACAGUAAAAUCAUUAGAUAACAGAGAAAUAAAUAUAAGAGUAGAUGAUAUAGUUACACCUAAUUCUAGGAGAAUGAUUCCAAAGGAAGGAAUGCCUUCUUCAAAAAAUCCAUCCAAACGUGGAGAUCUAAUAAUUGAAUUUGAGGUUAUAUUCCCCAAAAACUUGACUAGUGAAAGGAAAAAAAUACUAAGAGAGGUUUUAGCCGAUACUUUUUAA